CUUUCUACAACAAAGUCUCUUUGAAUUUCUGCCUCCGACUAACGCCAGUCUUCCUCUAGAUUCGGUUUCUUGCACAACCUUCUUAAUUUGUCUAUGUGUUCGGCUUCUUCAAAAUCGUUUUCUUCACAAUGACCGAACUUGGUUCUGCUAUGGAUGUUUGACAUUAUUUCAUUCAUGGCCUAGAAGAAAUCUAUGUAGAUUUGUUCAAAAUGGAAUUAUCAUUUUCUACGCAAGUGUGUCACUUUCUGAUGAAUUAAGAUUUCUCGGCCAGAAUGAUGAUCCAGUUCUUGGCAGUCCUUACAUGUCAUUUGUGUUCGGUUUCUUAUUAUGGGACAUGUUGCAGCUAGACUCAGCGAAGUCAUGAGUAUUUUGUGCUGGUUUGAUCUUUCUGGAAGUUGAAGUAAUUAUUUGGAAGUUGGUGCAGAAAUUAUCAUCGGGGUUUAGCAGACUUUGAAAAGGUGAUAAUAUUAUGAUAUAUUGCAUUGCUCUGCCAUUGCACCAGACUAGCUUUGGAGUGGUGGUCAGAACCCUAGAACCUAAGAUUGAGUUGCUGGUUUGUGGCAUUUGUGGGUUAAUGGUAGGGAAUUGCUUGAUGUAACGAAUGUAGAUGGCAGUAGUUGGUUCUCAGUAGAAUUAAGGUGAACAUUGGAGUUUCCAUUGGACAUUUGUCUCUGUGGAAUUGAAAAGGCCAAGGAUUUGGAAGCAUUCAGUUGCUAAAGAAGAAAAUCUUCCAUAAAAGCUUCUUGGGAAACUCAGUUAGCUCAGUAAAAGCUUCUGUAAUGUUACUGAGCAACUCUGGUGGCAGACGAGAGAGAGAAAAACACAGCAGCAGUCAUAAUUCUGCUGGUAACUGGUAAGGCCUCGGAUCACAUUUCAAGACCUACUUUUGCUGCCGUCUGGAACUGAGAUCAUGCAAGGUUUCUUCCCCUCCUUCCUCGUUGAAAUGGAAAGCAAUCCAAGACCUCUCUCUCUCUCUUUCUCUCGGAUUCCUUGUGGGUUCUUAUACCUGGGAAAUGAUGCAGAAUUCUUCUUACCGUUACCUCUGUAAUCAAUGAACAGCUACAAGACAAAGUAAAAAGCCGUUUCCUUUUGCUAGGCCGCUCUUAAAAUACUCGUUUCUCUACCAACCCCUCAAAAAAGUGCCCACCUUUCUUGUUUCUGCCUUCUGGGUUUCAGUUGGAUUCUGAGAAUUUUGCUUGCAGUCGAAGAGGGUUUGCAGAUUUUCAGACGACUCCUCUUCCCUCCUGCAGUUCGUCAGGGAUUCCUUCUCUGUUCUGUACUGUGUGAGCAUGGAGAAAGAGUCAGAAUCAGUGAGUUGAUCAGGUCUUAAAAAAUCCAUUUUAACCAUGGCUGAAGCUGAUGACACGGUUAGUCUGAGAGAAGCACUCCACGCACAGCAGCAGAUCCUGCAUGACCUCUACCGCGAGCUCGACGCGGAGAGGGAAGCUGCUGCAACUGCAGCUAGUGAAACCAUGUCCAUGAUCCUGCGCUUGCAAGGGGAGAAGUCUGUGCUGAAGAUGGAAGCGAAUCAGUACAAGAGAAUGGCGGAGGAGAAGAUGUGUCACGCUGAAGAAGCACUGGCAUUGUGUGAGGACCUCAUGUUUCAGAAGGAGAUGGAGAUUGCUUCCCUUCAGUUCCAGCUUCAGUCGUACCGAAACAGGCUCGUUGGCAUGGGACUUAGUGAUGAACCAGGUCAGUUGAUGUCUCACAAAAGCGAUACUCUGGUGGUGGAGAAGUUUGUCCAUGGGAACGUGAGGAGACUCAACUCAUUGCCCCAUUGGAAAAGAGGUUUUGAUAGAGAACAAGAUGGUACCACUGCUAGAACGAUUGAUGAGGGAGCUGAAUUCCGAGAGAUUUGUGAACCGGAGAAGAAAUUAGCAGUAGCUCCGAGUGGCGGAGAUGCAAAUUCGUACUGGGAAAAGAUCAGAAAAAGAUUGGACGAACGACUGAAAGAGAUCCCCGGUAGAAACAAAGAUCAUGACGAAAGCAAGGGUACAAUUUGGAGAGGUGGAACAUGGUCUCCUUCGUUGUAUUCACAACUUAGAGAAGGGAAUGGUAUUGGUAAUGAGCAAGUGAAGACAAUGUUGCAUUGUUCAAUCAAUGAGAAGAAAGCUCCGAAAGAUGCACCCAUUGAUGAUCACCAUGGCUUGCCUCCUCCUCCUCCUCCUCCUCCAGCUACUGCUGUUGCUCAUUCGUUGGUUUCUGCGGCUGAUUACCAGAAGCUGAUGCGAAGAAUUGAGAGGCUCGAGAGGGAGAGGAACGUUGGUGGGAGGCAGCAGGAGAUUGUUUCUUGUGGAGGGCCAAUUGCAGAGGAAGAAGAGACUCAACUGUUGAAGGCUAUUCAGGAGCAGCUCAGUGGAAUACAGAGUGAACUGAGAAGUAGAAAAGCUGAAAGAAUCCCAGAUGAUGAACCAUGUCUUGACGUUCUCCAGGAGGGUGGGUUUGCGUCGGAUCAGACAGGCAAUGCUAUACUUCUGGCUAUGAAGCAAUCAAAAGGCUUCCAUACAUACAUACUUCAUCAGAUGGCCUUAAGAGGUGUUUGGCAGCUGAGAAAGCUGGUUGUGAGUUACUCUGAUUGGGGUGGAAGUAGCAGAGGCAUCAGGGCAUUCAUGGAGUCGCACCUUCCUUCGUUCAAAGAGGCGAAUCCCCAUUUGGAGCUUGAAACUGAGCUCAUUCGAGGACAGCAUCCUCACUUGAAGGCCUUUUACAAGAACAACAACGACCGAGUGGUAUGUGUGAGGAACAUGACCCCAGAGGAAGUACUGCUGCAUGCUACUCGGCUGAGGAAUGCCUUAGGGAGGAAGGUGGUGAAACUGAAGACGAGGCAGGUGACCAAACACCCGAGUGUGCAAGGCACAUGGACGACUGCAGUGAAGUUUUGA